AUGCGUCAAUUCGUCGAUGAGUGUUCCGCGACUCGUUGUGGUCCGUGGCGAGCGAUUACAGUCUCUAGACCAAGGCUCCUCAGAAUCGCAAAGCACGCGAAUCUAGGCGACCUCAACCCUGCGAUCGGACAUCUCCAGAGACCAGAGUACCACACAGAGCCUGGAGCAGGACCGUACAUCGCUAAGCCCUACGAUCCCGGCUUCUAG